AUGAAGCACCCUAAGGUGUUCAUUGGAGCGAUAGGAGGUUCUAAAUCUCAAUACCAUAUUAUGCUCAUCGACAGGAAUGACUUCUACUACCGAGGGUUAAAGUCUGCUGGAGGUGGCUAUGCCAACACCAAAGAACAAAUGCAACAUGUACCAAAAAGACAAGUGAAUGGCACCAUUCUAAAAGCACUCUCAGAGACAAGAUUUGCUGACGAAGGCCAGCUGACCGAGACAGGUGCUGUUUACACUUUCUUUUGGAGUGGACACAAACGAGAAGAAUGUCGUGAAGCUGGGGUUGGUUUCGCAAUCAAAUCAAAUCUCCUAAAGAACCUUGAGACGCUACCAAAAGGUAUCAAUGACAGACUCAUGACAAUGCAACAACCACUUACUGACAAGAAGCAUGCAACACUGAUAAGCGCCUUUGCUCCAAUCAUGACAAACCCCGAUGAAGUGAAGGACAAGUUUUAUGAAGAACUCGACUCUGUCAUCUCAAGUGUACCCACAGCCAACAAACUACUCCUAUUUGGGGACUUCAAUGCCAGAGUUGGGGUUGAUCAUCAAGCUUGGGAAGGUGUGAUCGGCAAACACAGUAUUGGGAAAUGCAAUAGCAAUGGUCUACUUCUACUGCAAUCACACUCUUUCAACUAG